AGCUCAAACCUCCAAGCCCACCAGCGAGUCCACACUGGAGAGAAGCCGUACAAGUGCCACGAGUGUGGGAAGGGCUUCAGGAGGAACUCCCAUUACCAAGUUCACCUAGUUGUCCACACAGGAGAGAAACCUUACAAAUGUGACGUAUGUGGGAAGGGCUUCAUCAGAGCUCAUACCUUCAGGUCCACCAGAAAGCCCACCGCGUAGAGAAACCUUACAGGUGUGAGGAGUGCGGGCAGGCCUUCAAUCAGAACUCACGCCUUCAGACUCACCGGCUCGGCCACACUGGGGAGAAGCCCUACAAGUGUGACGAGUGCGGGAAGGGCUUCCGUCGGAGGGCAGAUCUGAAGAUUCAUUGCAGGAUCCACACGGGGGAGAAACUGUACCACUGUGAGGACUGCGGGCAGGUGUUCUGGCAGGCCUCAAAUCUUCUGGCCCAUCAGAGGGUGCACAGUGGCGAGAAACCAUUCAAAUGCGACGCCUGUGGGAAGGGCUUCGGUCGGAGUUCCCACCUCCAAGCCCAUCAGAAAGUGCACACGGCAGAAAAGCCGUACAGGUGCGAGGCGUGUGGCAAGGGCUUCAAGUGGAGCCUGAAUCUGGCCAUGCACCAGCGGGUGCACACGGGAGAGAGGCCGUACAGGUGUGGGGAGUGCGGCAAAGUCUUCAGUCGGUCGUCACAGCUGCAGUUACAUCAGAGAGUGCACACGGGGGAGAAGCCGUACAGCUGUGCCGUGUGUGGGAAGACCUUCAGCUGGAGGUCCAACCUUACAAUUCAUCACAGAAUCCACGUUCGUGAUAAGUCUUACAAAAGCAAUAGGGGUGGGAAGGACAGAGAAACCACAGAGGAAAAAAGUUCUAUAAAGUGAUUUUUUGGAGACUCAAGUGUCACGUGAAUUCUUCCAAUCGUCAUAUCUUACAGGAAAAUUGUUUCAUGAAAACCAGUGUUUGAACCCUAGCUCCUCCUAUUCCAGUGGCCCAAAGAGUACACAGAGGAGAGCCCUCGUUACUGGCAUAGUAUGAGCUUCCGUGGGAACCUUGGCCUUGCUCCAGAGUUACCAGGAAGAGAAGUUUUGGGAGGGAGAGGGGUUUUAGCAGAUGUUUUGCCACAGGUUCAUGAUGCCCAAAUCAGUGUCUGUUAGAAUGUUAAGUCCAUAGAAACAGAUGCCUUGUUCACUGUUGAGUCUGCAGCAUUGCAUAUACUUCACUAGGUCUCAAUAGGUGUUAGGUUAGUGAGGAGAAUGUGUAAUAGGGGAAAAUUGGUAUUGAACAUUUGUAAUCAGAACAGGAAACUUGAACAUAGCCUUCAUAAAAUGAAUUCCCGGAGACAGCAUUGAAAUGUGGAAAGGCACUCAAGUCUGCAAGCUGCAAUACUAGUUUGGUAAGGCCCUCCAGCCUCCUAUCACACUGGUUCCUAUCUCCUUGGACUUUUUCUAGCACUUGUUGGUUUAUACAGUAUAGAUUUAGUUACCUUUUGUGACAGUGUGGAGUGAAAAAUGAACUUUGUGGAUUUUACGUGCUACACAAUUGAUUAUUUUUCUCAACACUGUUAAGGCAAGGUAAAGUGUCAGAAUUACUAGUGACAAGUUUUAUUUUCGAAGAUUAUUAAUUAUUUGAAAGAGCCACAGAGAGAGGGAAGACAGAGCUUCUGUUCAUUGGGUCACUCCCCAAGUGGCCACAACAGCUGAGGCUGGGCCAGGUGGAGGAAGGAGGCUGGAACUCCAUCUGGGCCUCCCACAUGGAUGGCAGGGGACCAGUUACUUGGGCCAUCUUCUUCUUUUUCAGAGACUUUGGCAGAGAGCUGGAUUGGAAGUGGAACAAUCGGGACUCCAACUGGCACCACAAUGCCAGCCCUAUGAGCAUUUUUUAGUCAAUGUUGAUCAUUGUUUUCUUACUCUUUAGCUUAUUGUCCACAGCGUUAGUAUUACUUUCAAUAGUUUUAGGUAGAGGUUAUAUGCAGUAGAUUACUUUUGUCAAGUUCCCUAGUGCAUAGCCUUCCUUUCUCCCGUGAGAGAACGAAUAGCAAGUUACUAGAAUUUGGUGAAUUUCAUCAACUAUCAAUUGUUGGGGCAUCACUCACUUUCACAUCUUUUCCUAGCAGUGAGAAUGAAAAUAGAUUUCCAAGAGAAGUUCAGUAUGUAUCAGAAUGCAAAGUGCCCAUUCCUGAUUGGGACAUCCUAGAAUAGGAAUUUAUCAUUAGGAAAUUUAAAUAGGAAAGGUGAGUCACACAUUAGUCAUGUUACUGAGUUUUGUAGAAGUGUGAAGAGAGUUAUAUACUCCUAUAACAACAUCCAUCAAAAUGAUGGUCAAGGGGCCUGUGCUGUGGUGUAGUGCUGUGGAUGCCUGCAGUGUUGGCAUCCCAUACGGGCGCCAGGUCGAGUCCCUGCUGAUCCACUUCCAAUCCAGUUCCCUGCUAUGGCCUGGGAAAGCACCCGCGUGGGAGACCCGGAAGAAGCUCCUGGCUCCUGGCUUCAGAUCCGCACAGCUCCGGCUGUUGCAGCCAUCUGGGGCGUGAACCAGCGGAUGGAAGACCUCUCUGUUUUUCUCUCUCUGCCUCUCCUUCUCUCUCUCUGUAACUCUUUCAAAUAAAUAAAUAAAUCUUUAAAAAAAAAAAAAAAAGAUGGUCCA